AUGAAGUCCAUCAGGCCUUUCCAGCCGGAAGAUCUAAGGAAGUUCAACGUGAUGUAGGUUUUGUUUUCUUGAUUUAUGCCCUUUUGUUUUGAUUUGUUUUGUUUUGAGUUUUCUCAGCUAAAAUUGUCGUGUCUUCAUCAAUCCUUAUUGUCUUGACUUUGUGUUUUAUUUAUGUUUUUCCUCCAUUUUUAUAUUAUACUGUUUUAAUUUUAGAAAUUUGGAUCGCUACACAGAAACGGUUUGUUUUACUUUUCUUUGGCCAGUUACCUGUUGUUUUACUCUACUAAACAUAAUUAUUGUUUAGUAUACGACUCAAUUUUACCUCCAGUACAAAACUCACUGGCCAGAGUAUUUCCAAGUUGCUGAAGCGCCUGAUGGAACUAUUAUGGGUUACAGUAAGGUUAAUUUUAAGGUUUUCUGAAAUUUUAGUUAUGGGGAAAGCGGAAGGACGUGGAGAGAACUGGCAUGGACAUGUAACUGCCGUUUCUGUAGCUCCGGAGUUCCGAAGGAUGGGACUGGGUCGAGAGUUAAUGACGAGCUUAGAGAAAAUAUCUGAAGAGUAAGGUUUUAUAUUGUUUUAGGUCACAACUUAGUCGUUGUAACGUAAACUUCUUUAAUGGUUUUUUGUACGAAAUUAUGGUUUUUAUACUCACUAAACGUUGUUAUUCUAGAAAGAAUUGUUAUUUUGUUGAUCUCUUCGUACGGGUUAGUAAUACUGUAGCCGUCGCAAUGUACGAGUCGCUUGGAUACGUGAUUUAUCGUAGGAUUAUAAGUUAUUACACUGGUGACAAUCCUGAGGAUGCUUAUGGUAUGUUUCUUUAUCAAGUGUACUUUACUGUCAGUCUACUUUGAUUCAUGUAAACAUAGAAUGGGGCCUAUUUACUUCAUUGUAUAGUUAUUAUUGUAUAGUAAAUGACAGUAACGUGAAUUUACUUUCAGAUAUGAGAAAGGCAUUGUCUCGAGAUAUGGAGAAGAAGUCAGUUAUCCCAUUGAAACAUCCCGUACAUUGUGAUGACUUAGACGAUGAUUAG